GAUUAUUUGAGUUACAUGAUGGCAUUUAUGCUAAGUCAGUUUGUAGGCUAACGGCAGGCCUCUUCGGCUGUUUCUUUCUUCUUCUUCUAAUUUUUUUAAAAAAAUUCUUUUAAUUUUAUUUUUGUUGGGGGCAGUUUGUUAGUAAACCUGCCGCUAUGGAGAGGCCAGCACUGUUUCUCAGGUUUAGUUUUAACGCUCAUUCUAGCCGUACUUUAGUUUCUAGACAUAUAGAAAUAUCUGCUAACUUUACAACUAGCUUUAGCAAGCUAGUCGGCUAUCUGUUUGUAUCCCCCACAGCAGCAGCAACACAGAGCGGCAGGAGUCAUAGAUCAUAGGCAAAACACGUGUGAAAUAGCACAUAGUAAUGUAAUGUGCAGUCUUCAAGGCAGAUGGACACUACAUUAAAUUAGUUUUAUUACGCUGAACUUGAAAAAAAAAUGUAUAGCAAAGUCGUGCGUUAUAUUUAGUGACAGAUCCACUGAAACCACCUUAAAUGCCCCCCUUCCCGUUAAGAUCGACAUCAUGGACAAGAUUUUGGAGGGCCUGGUGAGCUCCAAUCACUCUGUUCCAGUGAAGAAGGCCAUUGUGAAGAAGGUAGUGGAAGCAGCUGAGAGAGAAGUGACAGAGGAUCAGUGUCAGGCACUAUUCACACUCACCACCCGCCUCAUCUUGCUCGGUGAAGAUGCCUUCCAGAAGCAAAUUGGCUCCCAGGUUCUUGAAGCCUAUGCACGCUACCACCGCCCAGAGUUUGAGCGUUUCUUCAGCAAAGACUUCGUCCUCAGUCUGCUCCAGCAGGGCUACGGCCAGCUGGACCGCAAAGACCCCGCCAUAGUAGAAUACAUUCACUGCUGCCUGCGGUUGCUCAUCAGCUGCCCAUCGGUGCUGGAGAUUUUUAGUGUGAUCCAGGUGGAGGUUUUAAGGAUGGUGUGUGAACGACCUGAUCCCGCUUUCUGUGCCCGCCUGAGCACUUUGCUGUCAGACUUUGUGCAGUGCAUCCCAAGAGAUAAGUCGGGUAUUCUGUUCUGCCAGCAGCUGGUGAGGACCAUCAGUUCCUUCCACUGCUUUUCUAGCCAAGAGCAGGAACUGAGAGAGUAUGUUGGUCAGGUGACGAAAGUUAGCGCGCUGCUACAGAACAUCUGGAAGGCUGACCCAGCCACGCUGCUGCCCUCACUCCAGGAGGUCUUUGCUAUUAUCGCCUCUACAGACCCUUCCUUUGACCCAGCCAUUGCACUGGCCAGCCUGGUCCAGCAUAUCCCUGUCCAGAUGAUCACAGUGCUUAUCAAGAGCCUCACCACAGACCAGAACGUCAGAGACGCAAACAUGACUAAAGCACUCUGCAGGAUGAUUGACUGGUUAUCUUGGCCUCUUGCCCAACAUGUAGAUACCUGGGUCAUCGCUCUGCUGAAAGGCCUGGCUGCUGUUCAGAAGUUCACUAUCCUCAUAGAUGUCACUCUGCUUAAAAUUGAACUGGUAUUCAGUCGUCUGUGGUACCCCAUUGUGCGUCAGGGGGCGCUGGCCGUGCUCUCUCACAUGCUGCUGAGUUUCCAGCACUCUCCCGAGGCCUUCCAUUUGGUUGUUCCACAUGUAGUAGAUCUAGUUCAGUCCUUAAGGACAGAUGGGCUUCCCACUAGCAAAGCGUUCCUGCUGCAGUUCACUGAGCUCAUACACUGCAUGAUGUAUCAGUACUCUGGCUUCCCUGACCUUUAUGACAACAUACUGGAGGCCAUCAAGGAUCUACCAAAAUCUGCAGAAGAGAAGAUCAAGCUGGUGUUGAAUCAAAGUGCCUGGACGUCUCAGUCCAACUCGUUUGCCUCUGGUCUGCUGAGGCAAGCUAAGUCUGAGACGGGCAAAACAGGCUUAGUCAACUUGGGGAACACCUGCUACAUGAACAGCAUCAUCCAGACCCUUUUUAUGGCCACAGAUUUCAGGAGGCAUGUUUUAUCAUUGCAUCUAAACGGUUCCAACACACUAAUGAAAAAGCUUCAGCUUCUCUUUGCUUUCCUCGCACACACUCAGAGGGCGGCCUAUGCUCCCAGAAACUUCUUGGAAGCGUCUCGCCCCCCCUGGUUCAACGUGGGUUCUCAGCAGGACUGUUCAGAGUACCUCAGAUUUCUUUUAGACAGGUUACACGAGGAGGAGAAAACCCUUCAGGCACUGGAUUCAGCUGAACCAAAAGCUGCCUCCCCAGCUGACACGAGCUCCAAAGACCCUGCAACAACGUCUGCUCAGGAAGACAAUGAACAGACCAUUUUGCCUCUAGCAGAGGCCAAACCUGGAGAUGACACAAGGACUUUGAUAGAAAAGAUGUUUGGAGGGAAGCUAAUCACGAGCAUUUGCUGUAUGCUGUGCAACUGCAUCUCUGAGAAAGAAGAACCUUUUACAGACCUCUCUUUGGCCUUUUGUCCAGGUACCACUUUACAGGAUGGCCCUCAAACACAAAGGCAAUCAGAAGAGCCCAAAGCUCUCUGUCAGGGAUCUGUCAAUGGUGGCAGCGAAGCUCCUGAGCCAAGCUCGGCCAAAGCUCCAGCUAGCAAUGCCCAUUUUGUGCCAGUAACAAAUGAGCCUCCUCUCUCCGUGCCUGACCUGGUGAAUUAUUUUCUGGCUCCGGAAAUCCUCGACGGAGACAAUGCCUAUUUCUGCGAGAAGUGUAGCUCCCUCCAGCGGGCAGAGAAGACCAUUAAAGUGGUGUCUGCCCCUGAAUACUUGAUUCUCACUCUGCUGCGAUUUUCAUAUGACGCCAAAUGCCAUGUCCGUAGGAAGAUUCUUGAUAAUGUCACCAUCCCACCGCUGAUCAGACUUCCUGUACAUGACCCUUCCGUACCUACACAGUGUUCUUCUUCAACCUCGUCUCCUUUGCAAGUGGAUUCUCCUGAGAGCAGCGAGAAUCUGGCCAAGAAACUCAAAUCAUCGCAACACGAUGAGGAAGAGGAGAAGGCAAGGAUAGAUGGAGCAGAGGAGAUGAGCAGGGCGAUUCAGUCGGUCCCCUAUGUCCUCAGCUCGGUCGUAAUACAUUCUGGUAUAUCGUCAGAGAGCGGCCACUAUUACUCUUAUGGUCGUAAUAUUAAUGGAACAGAUGGGGCACAGCAUCCAGACAACCAGUACAGCAUCAAAGAGGAUUUAGGGAACGCCCAGGCCGAGUCCAACCUCUACACCUGCUCAGCUCCCUCGCUUCCACGUGGACAAAACGAAACGCUGCCUAAUAGUAGCCAGGAGGCAAAAGAUUGGCUGCUCUUCAAUGAUAGCAGAGUAACGUUCACAUCUUUCCAAUCAGUGCAAAACAUUACUAAUCGCUUCCCCAAGGACACCGCUUAUGUGCUCAUGUACAGGAAACAGGAGCUACCAGGGCAAAGCUUAAAUGGGGGACUAAUGGCAAAUGGAAUGAGACUGAGUGCCGAGCCUCCUCUGCAGAAAGAACUACUGGAUGCUAUUAUCAAAGACAACAAGCUCUAUUUACAGGAGCAGGAGCUCAGCGCUCGGACCCAGGCUCUUCAGGCCCCAUCAUCCUCCUGCUCAUUCAGGCCCAACGGUUCAGAUGACAAUAACCCACCGGGGAGCUGCGGUCCAUCUGGAGGAGGAGGAGGAGGAGGAGGA